UUGAAAGAAAACAUACGCAGAGAUAGACGGUGGUUGUAAGUUUAACGCAAGUCUUGUGCGUAUAUUAGUUAGAGGAGAAUCAGGUGGCCCCGGCCAGACUGGCAAUGCAAACGACAUCGUCUGUGUUUAGCGGCAAUGAGAACGACAUCGUCUGUGUCGGCUAAACGACGUUGCUAACAGAAAGAAAAUUUAAAAAUAAUUAUCGCCAUCUAUCUUUAUGUCAGAUAGUGGAUAGAGAUGAUAUGACAGCAAAAAAGCCUUUGAUUAACGCUUUAUCUGGUGCUUGCUUUCCUAUGGAUUUUCCUUACUACUAGCUUCGACACGGAUCUGCUGCUCUCGUUUCACGAGAUCUCCUCGCUGCUCGCUUUGAUCGCCAAUGGCGUUGAAGCGGGGACUAUCCAGUGUUGGCGUACAUAGAAACAGAAGUUGUGGAUCUCGAUUGCCUAUCGCGAUUCUCGUUUUCUUCUCAGUUCUUGCGCCACUUGUUUUCUUUGUCGGUCGAGGGCUUUAUAUUUCUGAUCAAAGUAGCGUUCAAAGUGAUUUUAGCAAACAGAAUGUUGAUUGGAGGGAAAGGCUGGCAUUACAAUCUAUCAAAAACCUUCUCACUAAAGAGGUUAUUGAUGUUGUAACUACAAGCACUGCUGAUUUGGGGCCACUUAGUCUUGAUUCUUUCAGAAAAGGCAAUUUGUCAGCAUCAUGGAAAGCUAUUGGGGUAGAGACUUCGGUCGAGGAUGAUGCUACUUCUCAGUCAAACCAAAAGGGUACAGACUUGAAACAAGAAAUGUCUCAAGUUAAAGAGGGAAAGCUUCUAAAUGAUGAUCAUUCACAUGAUAGACCUGCUAAAACACUUCAAAGGCAACUUAGAGAUAAUAGACAUCAGAAGCGAGCAGCUGAAUUGGUGCAACAAUAUGAUGAAGCUACCGUGAAACUUGAAAAUGCAGCCAUUGAACGAUCAAAAGCUGUGGACUCUGCAGUUCUGGGCAAAUACAAUAUAUGGAGGAGAGAAAAUGAGAAUGAUAACUCUGAUUCCACAGUGCGCUUGAUGAGGGAUCAAAUUAUAAUGGCAAAGGUUUAUGUAAGUAUAGCAAAGUUGAAAAAUAAGCUUGACUUGCAACAAGAACUGAAGAUUAGGCUCAAAGAGAGUCAGCGUGCCUUAGGAGAGUCAACAGCUGAUGCUGAUCUACCUCACAGUGCACCUGAGAAAAUGAAAGCAAUGGGCAAAGUUCUAUCCAAAGCAAGAGAGCAAUUGUAUGAUUGCAAGUUGGUCACUGGAAAGCUCAGAGCAAUGCUUCAGACAUCAGAAGAACAAGUUAGGAGCUUGAAAAAGCAGAGCACGUUCCUCAGUCAAUUAGCUGCCAAAACAAUUCCCAAUGCAAUACAUUGCUUGUCGAUGCGUUUGACCAUAGAAUACUAUCUCCUUCCCCUCGAGAAGAGAGAGUUCCCUAGAAGUGAGAAUUUGGAAAAUCCAAAUCUCUACCAUUAUGCCCUCUUCUCUGAUAAUGUCUUGGCUGCAUCAGUUGUUGUCAACUCAACUAUCAUGAAUGCCAAGGACCCUUCAAAACAUGUUUUCCAUCUUGUUACCGAUAAACUUAAUUUUGGAGCAAUGAACAUGUGGUUUCUGUUGAACCCCCCUGGAAAAGCUACCAUUCAUGUUGAAAAUAUUGAUGAAUUUAAGUGGCUUAAUUCAUCCCAGUGCCCUGUCCUACGGCAGCUUGAGACUGCUGCAAUGAAGGAGUAUUAUUUCAAGGCAGAUCAUCCUACCACAUCUGGAUCUUCGAACUUAAAGUAUCGAAAUCCAAAGUAUCUCUCAAUGCUUAACCACUUGCGGUUCUAUCUGCCACAGGUCUACCCUAAGUUAGAUAAGAUCCUCUUUCUCGAUGAUGACAUUGUUGUCCAGAAAGACUUGACUGGAUUAUGGUCUAUUGAUCUCCAUGGUAAAGUGAAUGGUGCAGUGGAAACUUGUGGUGAAAGCUUUCAUCGUUUUGACAAGUAUCUAAACUUCUCAAAUCCUCAUAUUUCACGAAACUUUGAUCCUAAUGCUUGUGGGUGGGCGUAUGGAAUGAAUAUGUUUGAUCUCAAGGAGUGGAAAAAGAAGGAUAUCACUGGCAUAUACCACAAGUGGCAAAAUAUGAAUGAAGAUAGAGUGUUGUGGAAGCUUGGGACACUUCCUCCGGGGUUGAUUACAUUUUAUGGUCUGACACAUCCACUUGAGAAGUCAUGGCACGUCCUUGGCCUGGGCUACAAUCCAAGUGUAGACAAGAGAGAAAUUGAGCAUGCAGCAGUUAUCCACUACAAUGGCAACAUGAAACCAUGGCUGGAGUUGGCUAUGACAAAGUAUCGAUCAUACUGGACCAAGUACAUCAAGUAUGAUCAUCCCUACCUUCGCAGCUGCAACCUUAGUGAAUGAACCUGAUUUAAGGAUAACUUCUUUUAUGCUUUACUUCUCUUUAUUCCACAUUGUUUAUUCUUCUUUGUAAUUCAUUAAAUUCAUUCCCUUAAGCUCCUCGCCCAUUUGAACAGUUAACAAAUUGUAUGCCUUAAACCCUAAACCCAUUUGAACAGUUAACAAAUUGUAUGCCAUGUUAACCUGUGAAGACACCCUAAAAGAUUUUUUCCCCUUUCUCCAUUUUGGAGAUGAGUUCAAUUUAGACAGAAUAGUGAACCUCGUAUGAGCCUGAGUCCACUGUAUUUUUUAGAACAAUGGCUCUUUUUGCAGGAUUAAAUAUGUAAUGUAUGAGUUUUUAUAUCCUUAUAAGGACUCAAAUUUCUGACUUUGUUUUCUUAAGCAAUUUCCUUUUUGAAUUGCUGCUUGAAACGACACCAUACCUUCUGGUCGAGUCCUACAUUUAUGCAAAUAUAAGCAAUUGCUUCGGAUGAGAACUUCAGGAGGCCUCCCAAGUAUCAUGUGGCUUUUCUUUUUUUUUUUUAUUCUCAGGGUCUAUCAUGGAAAAGGAUUGUGUGAUAUUCCAGUUUUUUCAUUUUCCUGGUACUAGGUUAUUUGUAGCAACUGCCGGGCAAUAUUCAGCUAUGGCUGUAUUCAAUGCGUGGAAUGAUUUAUUCACUAAAGUUGAUAAACUCCGAAGGUAUAUGUUUCUCAUGGCCAACAGGCGACAGAUUCCGCCAUUUAGUGACAGGAAAAAGUGCAAAUGAAGAGCAUUAUUCAGGUUUCGAGCCAGACAUCUUCAGUAACAAAAUUAGAGCCAACCAAGUACCAGCCCAAACUAAAGCCCCUCGAACCCUUUGGCGUGUACAUAUGCUUCGUAUCUUCCCUCGAAUCCUUUGCUAAUCGGUCAACGGUGCAACUUUCCUCUUCUCUUUUUUAAUUUGCGAAAGAAAAUACUAUUCUCGUCCUUAAACGGAAACCUGGAUCACCGCCCUAAACUCCUCUUGUUUCCAACCCAUGGACGAUGGAUAUGAAGCGAAUUGUGAUGUGAUACCGUUAUCUUAAGGAAAAUGACCUUUUACCACCCUCACAAAGUCAAGCAACAAUCUAAACUUAUAUGAUUCUGCACGGACACAAAAUCAGAGAUUUUUUUUUUUUUUACCUGAAGCAUCAGCCGGCCCUCAGAAGUGAGAAGCGAGAAUCCUCUUAUCUUAAAUGUUUGUACCAAAAGUUGAUGGCUAGUGGCUGUGGGGUCAUAUCAAAACUUGCCAUUGAUUGCUUUUUUUGGAACAAGUGCCCUUACUAUAUAUCGCAAGUAAAAACAACACUUUCCUCGUUGCUAAUUGCUCUACGUGU